GUCAUCUGUGUUGGUUAUUUGGCUAACAUUCGCCGUUACUCGAAAUGCGCAGCCCACAUACAUUCGCAUGGAAGAGUACGCGUCUCUUAUUUAUUAAUUGAGUGAACGUACCGGUUGCUGUUUUCUGUUUUGUGUUGCAUCAAUAUCGAUAAGCGGUUGUUUAUUCCGCGUGUGUGUAUGUGUGAUCCGUGCAAAAGUUACUAAAUAUUGAUACCCAUAUUACAAACGAAUACAAAUAUAUACCCAGUCGAUCUAGGAACAUGACGAAGGGCAAGAAAAAUAUGGCCGUCGCUGCCAAGACCAACGGUAGUAAUAAACGCUGUGCAGAAGUUAUUCCUCCCUGCUUACUGACGCCGCCGGGCACUCCGCCAAAAAACGGAUUAAAGAUCUUUAACAAAAACUACGGCAAUGGCACAAAUCGAAGUCCGACAGUUGCCUGGGAACGGGAACUUAUAGGGCUCUUUCUGCUGGAGAUGGGCGACAGUCAGGAGAUCAGUGCUCGCAAUGAUUGGUACGUGGAUAAGAGGAAAAUGAGGAGGCUAUUCGAGGCCCAUCUGGGAAAGUGUCCCAACUAUGUGGAGCUACGCAUCAAGCUGUCUGCAAAUGGAGCCUGUAACAUUGGGUCGCUGAUGCAGCGAACCAACUUCCUGAGGAACACGCCGCGGAGAAGCACCAACUAUCAAAUUAGGAAUUUCGCCCUGAUGGAGUUUCGGAGGGAGAAGUUUAAUGCGAUCGAUGAGACGCGGCGUCUGCCGGAUCAAAUAACCAUCAUUGAGCCAGGGGCUAAUGUGCAGGGCAGUCUUGAGGGGAAAUUAAUCGAACAGUACGUCCUUGAUACAGAAGCCGCGACGAUGCCUCUGAUGUAUCAGAAAACUCAGGUGCUGCAGCCGUCAACGAACUUUGAACUCAACUCUAUGGGGUGCUACAUCUGCGAGCACCACUUUGAGUCGAUUGAAAAGUAUGAGGAGCAUGUGGAGCAUCACGGCGAUGAGUCCGACUUCAAGUCACUCGAGAGAAUGACCAAAUUCUCCGAACCCAUGGUGACCCUUUCGUACCAGACCUGCGUGGACAGCCACUACUUUGGCUUCACCCUGAAGACCGACCUCAAAGAUGUGGUGCUGCAAAAGUUCAUUAUUGUGCAGUCGCGCCAGUUCUAUUACGUGUACAAUGGGCGGAUGCCGUUGACGAUGCCCGAGAGUGGGGAGAAGGUUUUCUUUGUGGACUCGCAAGUGUUCACUAUCCUGCGCGAGAUUCCCAUUGUCAUCGGGUUUACGAGCAAAGGGCAGCGGUACGUGGAACAGCACCACUUCAUGCGAACGACCGCCCUGCCCAAGGCCAUGUUCAACAUUAAUCCGUACAGGUUGUCGAGCAAGGAGAUCUUCCGCGGCAAGGGCCUGUCCCGUGCCAAUCCGCCCUCGCAGGUUGUGCAAGCACUGAAGCACGACGAUGCACAGCAGCGUCUGGUGGAGUACGACAAACACUACCGCAACUACUGUGAGCAAGGAAGGGUUCUCACGCAGGGGAAUAUAGGCGGCGCUCUGCGCACACUUCUGCAGGUGGAGGACGUAGAGUGUCUGCAAAACUAUCUUGGGCUGAAACAGUCGAAGGUGGAACUACAUCAGUUCGGCAGGGAGCUGUCGGUGAAGAUGCAACUGCCUUCCGCCAACAAUGGGAGUGUCGAGGAUAUCCUGUCCCCGGGCGACGACGUGCUAAUAAUCAACGAGCGUGUCCUGCAUGGGAGCUCGGACGGUAUUCGGAAACUGCUGGAAAACAGUAAUCUCGUGCUGGAACUGGCCCUCAAUGACUUCGAUGCGAUCAUCAAGUGGGCACGGAGUUUGGAAGAGAAGAUGGGAUCGCUGAUGAAGCAGCCGCGGGUCUACUUUGCGCGCAUCCUAGGAGUGUCCACCCAGCGUGUGCACAUCACCUGCGAGCGACAGUUGGCGGACAACACCACGUAUACGCUGAUCUUUCGCCCAUUGCGGGCUGUAAUGCGCUACCAGUACCGGGCUCUAGAGCAGUUGGGUCUGACCAACAGCCAGCAUGUGCAGCGGAUUCUCUUUCCCGAAGAGAUUCCACUCAAGGCGGUGGCGAUUGGAGCUCUGCAGCUGCACAACCAGCUCAUAUCUCGCAAUCCAGAGCAAAUGCAGGCAGUGCAGCAGAUUGCUCUGUGCCCCAAGCUGCCCGCUCCCUAUAUUGUCGUCGGCCCGCCCGGAACCGGCAAAACGGCGACCAUCUGCGAGGCCAUCUAUCAGCUGUUUGUGUGCAGGCCGGAAACACACAUUCUCGUGCUGGCCGGAUCAAACACCGCCUGCGAUGAGAUUGCUCUGAGGCUGCUUCGCGCCAUAGCCAAGGCACCCGAGACCCAACCCCGGCCCCUAACUCGCAUCUUCUCCGCCUGCUGCGAUCGACGCAUAGACAACAUUGAUGACCUGCUGCUGGAGCACUCUAACCUGUAUGCCGUACACUUUUACCCGAAUGUCCAGGCAGUGCACCAGUACCGUAUCGUCGUCUGUACCCUCAGCUUGGCCGGAAAGCUCUCAACGGGUGGCUUCGCUCUCGACGAUGGAAAGCGUCCCGUGUUCUCGCAUGUGUUUGUAGAUGAGGCGGCCGCCUCUACCGAGGCGGAGUGCCUCAUGGGCAUCACCUGCACGAUCUCGUCCGCCACGAAUCUGAUUCUAUCCGGUGAUCACAAGCAGCUCGGCCCGAUUCUUCAGUCGCACCGUGCCAACGAGUGGGGUCUGUCCGAGUCUCUGUACGAGCGGCUUCUCCAGCGAAAGUGCUACCAGGUGGAUGCGGAGGGUGCAUACAAUGCGGCUGUUCAAACGCGUCUCAUUCGGAACUACCGCUCCCACCCAGAGAUCGUGACUCUCUACAGCGAUCUCUACUACAAUGGCGAGCUUAAGGCUGAGGCUCCCAUCGAGAAUGUCUCUCUAGUGAAGAGCUGGUUCCACACGACCAACGAAGAUUUCCCGAUCAUGUUCCAUUCAGUCUUUGGCACUGUGAUGAACACCAAAAGGUCGGUUAGCCUGUGUAACAACAAGGAGAUCGACGCUGUAAUGGAUUAUGUGAAAGAUCUAAUGUACUUUGGCAUUAACGGAAAGCCGGUGGCGCAGACGGACAUCGGGAUCAUAUCGCCCUACAAAAAUCAGUACCAACGGAUCCAAGAGCAGCUUAACAUGCGCAACUGGUCGCAGAUAGAUUGCGGAUCCGUCGAGUUGUUCCAGGGCAAGGAGAAACAGAUCAUCAUUGUGUCGUUUGUGCGCUCCUUUACACCCAAGUUGGGCUUCCUCGACAACCAACGGCGUUUGAAUGUCCUGCUCUCGAGGCCGAUGUCUUUGCUGAUUAUGAUCGGCAAUCCACGUACGCUGAGCCAGAAUCACGACUUUCGCCGCAUCAUCGAGCUGUGCCGUGCUCGCAAGACACUUGUUGGCGUCCCCUAUUUUCUAGAUGAAAUUGGCAGUAAGGUCGUCAAUGGAGCUGCCUCUGGAGGAGCUGGAGAAUCUGAAAUGGUCAAGAGAAAAAGCGUGGGACACACACAAAUAAGAACUUCACCAAAGAACGAAUCAAAGGAUAACAACAGGUCAGAGCUGGACAAGCUUUUCGAUGAAUUGCCAAAGGUUCCUCGUUACGUGGAUACCAGCUCGGACGCUGUUCGCUCUGUCACUGCUCAAAUGAUGAAACUACAACUGGAUAAAGAAGCGAAGGUUGAGGCAAAACUAAAUGGUCCAGCAAAAUCGAACUCAGUUCCACUCAAGCCCACGCCACAGACAACUGCUUCAGCAAAGAUCCCGAAAACUGCAGCUAGAGCUGCAACCGCACAAACAUCGACUCCCCUUUCUAUUCCAGCUUCUAACCGAGCUCAUCACUACAUAAACUAUGAGCCCACUGCUCCAGAAAUGACUCCCCCAAGGACAUCCACGAUUGGGAGAGGAUCCACAGUCUAUAGCCAUGUUCCCACCGGCUCCACACGAUUCGAGAACUUCAGUGCGUCGUUUGAGCAGCACUCGUAUAGAAAUCAGCCGCAUUUAUCCACAAACCACAGCAACAACGGUACACGGUCAGAGGAACCCAAGCCCCAAAAGAAGAAGUCGACGUGUACCAUUUCGUAGCCAAUGUACCGAGUUCGAAUAACAAAACCUAUGAGGACCCGAUCAGGCGCCUGACCUAAGAGUCGUCUGCGGGGGACCUCUUUUUGACUUUGCUAUUUUAGCAUUUGAGCGGUCUUUUCUUCGAUCGUCCACGUGCAAAGUAUCAAAACCACAGACAAAAUGCAUUCGCAUUUGGUAUGCACUUAUUCGCAAGGGAGAAGCAACAGAAAUAAUUUCAUUUCUAACCUUCUGCUCCCUUGGGAAUAGCUCCAAAUUCGUGUGUUUUUUUUUAUGAUUUAAUAAUGAUAGACCAGAGUCUUUGAAAAAAUAUUUUUCAAAGUCUUAUGCACUUUUACUCGGUGUUUGCCGAACUGGGGAGAGAUCCUAUUUUUGAAGUACAACAAUUUGAUCGCUUAUAUUUUUGUGUUAAAAAACGAACUAUGCAUCCCGUUUCUAAAAUAUCAACAAUUCAAAUGGACACACGUGCGUAUGAUCUAAAUUAAUCCGAGUUAAAUAUUUCGAAUUUAAGGGACACCGAAAAAGUCCUUAUAUUUUGUUACUCUUUUCAAUCUUUUCGUUGUUAAUUUAAAUUGUGAAAAUGAUAAUUGAAAGACAUGUAUUAUGAUUUAAAUGUUAGUUAAAUGAACUAUUGUAUUCCAAUUACUACAAGAUGCCCCCAGAUUUCAAUAAAGAAGAAUACGAAAGCUUCAGAUUUACUAAA